GGAGAGAUGGGAGGGGCUGAGAGGCGGGGCUUAGUUGAUAGCGCAGGCGGGGCUUCGUGGGCUUCCACGGCCGAGCGGAAAGAAAGUGGAAAGUGGGAGAAAUACCUGCAUGGACGAUUUGCGAUAAGUCACGGCCGCCUCAUUUCUCCCUGCCUCGACUCUCUUACCCGCCUCUCCCGCCCCUCUUUUCCUCUUCCUCCUCCUCCUUCUCCUAUCUGUAGCCUCCCCUGCUCCCCCGCUCUCUUCCGCCUUCUCCUGUGUCCCCCUCCUCCACCUCCAAGAUAGAUUCCCUCAGGAGCAAGGUUGACCUGCUCAAGCUGCCCCUGGCCCUCUCCACCAAGUCCAUCUCCGAGCGCAAGAGCCAGCUGGGAGGCAUCGGCAAGCAGUGCGGCACGGGGGGAGGAGGAGGAGGCGGUGCUCGCAAAGCCCGCUCACCGCCGACCCGAGACAUGGACAACGAGUCACAGUACUCGGGAUACUCAUACAAGUCGUCUCACUCGCGGAGCUCUCGCAAACACAGGGAGCGGAGGGACCGCCAUCGUUCCAAAAGCAGAGACGGGAGCAGCCGUGGAGACAAAUCAGUGACAAUUCAGACGCCCGGAGAGCCGCUGCUUGAUGCCGAGUCGACCCGCGGAGACGACAGGGAUGACAAUUGGGGCGAGACCACCACAGUGGUCACGGGAACGUCGGAGCACAGCAUUUCCAAUGAGGACCUGACCCGCGUCACCAAAGACUUGGAGGAGUCGACCCCUCUGGAGUGCAAGCGUUUCGUGGGUCUGGCGCUGGGCGGCUGCCUGAGUUUCUUUGCCCUGGUCACACCGCUGGCCUUCCUCAUCCUGCCGCAGGUGCUGUGGCGCGACACCUUGGAGCCGUGCGGCACGCCCUGCGAAGGCCUCUAUGUGUCGCUGGCCUUCAAGCUCCUUGUCCUGCUCAUCUCCUCUUGGGCACUCUUCCUGCGGCCACCUCGCGCCACCCUGCCACGCUUUUUUGUCUUCCGCUGCCUGCUGAUGGUGUUGGUCUUCCUCUUCGUUGCAUCCUACUGGCUUUUCUAUGGUGUGCGCGUGCUGGAGCCCCGAGAGCGCGACUACAGGGGCAUCGUAGAGUACGCCGCCUCGCUGGUGGACGCCCUGCUCUUCAUCCAGUACCUGGCGCUGGUGCUGUUGGAGGUCAGACACCUGCAGCCCGCCUUCUGCCUCAAGGUGGUGCGCAGCACGGAUGGAGCCAGCCGCUUCUAUAACGUGGGUCAUCUCAGUAUCCAGCGGGCGGCCGUCUGGGUGUUGGACCAUUACUACAACGACUUUCCCGUGUACAACCCCGCUCUUGUCAACCUGCCCAAGUCCAUUCUGUCCAAGAAGAUGACGGGCUUCAAAGUUUACUCUCUGGACGAAAACACCACCAACAACUCCACGGGCCAAUCACGGGCCAUGAUUGCCGCCGCCGCCAGGAGGCGAGAUAACUCCCACAACGAGUUUUACUAUGAGGAGGCCGAGAUGGACCGCAGGAUUCGGAAACGUAAAGCCAGGUUGGUGGUGGCGGUAGAAGAGGCCUUCACGCAUAUCAAGCGUCUCCACGAGGAGGAGGCCGCCUCGUCUCCCAAGCACCCCCGCGAGGUGAUGGACCCCCGGGAGGCGGCACAGGCCAUCUUUGCCCCCAUGGCACGGGCCAUGCAGAAGUACUUGAGGACCACACGCCAGCAGGCCUACCACAGCAUGGAGAGCAUCCUCACCCACCUGCAGUUCUGCAUCACACACAACAUGGCGCCCAAGGCUUUCUUGGAGCGUUACCUCAGCCCGGGGCCCACCAUGCAGUACCAGCAGCACAAUGGCAGGGGGCGCCAGUGGACCUUGGUGAGCGAGGAGCCGGUGACAUCCGCCCUGCGUCAGGGCCUGGUCUUCUCCCUGCGGCGGCUAGACUUCUCGUUGGUAGUUACAGUGACACCCCUGCCUUUCCUGCGCCUCAGCGAGGAGUUCAUCGACCCCAAGAGCCACAAGUUUGUCAUGAGGCUGCAGUCGGAGACGUCCGUGUGAAAGACAUCCUCACGUACCCCUCGCUUAAUGCAGCGAGAUGCGUCGGACGCUCGGCCCACCACCACUCUUGCCUCCCAUUUGUCACACCUGAAUCAGCUCGAUGAUUGUCUAUGACGCUGAUGCCUUGACUCGUUUUUUUCCUGUGCUGUUGCAGCACGCUGUAAAAAAUCUUUUUAUAAAGGCGCCUUUUUUGGGUCAUUAUGUUGUAACCACUGAACUCCAGGAGGUCACGACGGCGAGGCGGCGUCUUUGCGUCCUAUAAACUGUAGCAGCCACGCCGACACAUCACUGCCCUCUGCUGUUUUUUUUCCUUCCACCGUUUAGAUUUUUUUUGUUGUUGAAUACUCACAGAAUGUAGCAUCACGUGCUAAAAGGACACUUUUCGUCUACUUCAUCUGUAUCUUCAUGCUUUAUCUUCUUAACAUCAACAUUGCCGUUUAACUUUACACUUGGUACUGACAUGCAAGUGCUUUUUCUUGUAAUCCCUCUAAAAACACUAAAAAAAGCCUGAAAGCUUGUAUAGCUUUAAUAACAAAUCACAAUAUAAUACAACAAUUCAUUUGUUUUGCAUUGUUAUUUCCAGGUUUUACAGUGCUGGAGAAAUGAACUGUUCUCCGUUUUGUAGACUUGACCUUUCUUUUUUCAGCUAAUUUAUUCUGCUAUCAACAUCAAAUUGCAAAUGACUUAAUUGUAAUUCACUCUCUCCCAGACAUUUUGUUGGUACCUUUGCAGAUGUUUUUAUGACUGGACGGUAGCUUUUGUUUGUUUUUUUAAAAAUUGCAUUUCUGCAAAGACUCAAAGCGGACUGUAGCUCCCCGCCGCCUUAACGCGCUUUCACCUCAAGGUCUGACAUUUCUAAGAAAACAUUAAACCCACUGGACGUCUCAUCCAUGUUUUAAUGAAAGAAUGCACAGCAGGAGUUAUUUAGGGCUCUUUUUAAAAAUAACUUGUUUUCGUAUCAUUUUCUUUUAUAAGGUGCCUGAGUUUUGAUGCAAUUUUUCCUCUGAAUAUUUUUACCUUUUUAAAAACAAGUGGCCUGUACAAAACAAAAACAAUGUAGAUUUGUCUUUGUAUUUUGUUUCCUUUUUGUUAACUAUCUAGCUUGUAUAGCAUGUUAGGUAUUUUCCCAUUAUUAAACCGUUACUCCUUACAGAGUUGUUGGGUCU